AUCACACAGCAUACGCUAUAUCCGGAGAGGCCCCGCGAAAGAAAAAACAUCAUGAGGAAGUCCGUACUCCUUUCUCUGCUCGCACUGGUUCUUAUCUCCAAUCUGGUUGAUCUCUCGAAAGGAGAUCUCAAAUUUUGUCGGAAAGAAAAGAUGUACCAUGGCGCGUGCGGAGAUGACGGGGGAUGGCAGUGCGUUCUCAAGUUCUUGGGCGAUUUCGGGGCCGGCGCGAUGCCGCAGAAGUGCAUCUGCACAACAAAGGGAACCAGCCGGCAGCUUUGCAAUUGCCUUGUGGUUUGCCAGGACUAUGUGCCUGCCAAACCCAAUGCUUAGUUGUCUAUUGCCAUUUAUAUGUAGGUGCCAAGUUUGCACCAGUUGAGAUCGAUCGAUGCUUAAUAAGAUUUGAACUGGUGUUUGGGUC